UUAAUCCAUCAGUACUUCCAUUUUGAUUUACGAUAUCAAGACAUUGUGAAAGUUUUGUUUCUUAACCAUGGCAUUGUAAUGUCAACACGUCAGUUAAAAAGACACCUAAAAUAUUUAAAUCUUACGAGGCGGAAGAUUUUCUCCUCUGCCCAGUCUGUUUUUAAUUUUGUAUACAAUCAAUUGGAAACAUCUGGACAAAGUCAUGGCUAUAGAUGGAUGCAUCAAAAGUGUAAAAUGAAUGGCUUCAAGGUGAAAAGAGAAGAUAUAAGACUGUUGCUUCAAGUGGUUGAUCCACAUGGUGUUGAUAUCAGAUCGAGAAGAAGAUUAAAAAGGCGAGACUAUUGGUCAAAAGGACCCAAUUUCUGCUGGCAUGUAGAUUCGUAUGAUAAAUUAAAGAAGUAUGGAUUGUGUAUUAACGGAUGUAUUGACGGUUAUUCAAGGAAAAUUAUUUGGUUGAAAGUUGGCCGAACAAAUAAUGACCCGACAGUCAUAGGAAGAUAUUAUUUAGACGCAGUAAAUGUUCAUGGAGGUUCCCCUUUGUUUAUGAGAGGUGACUUGGGUACAGAAAAUGUACUCAUUGCUGCAUUGCAGAAUCUCUUCUCUAGAAACGACACACUUGAGCAUAAUCAAUUUAUCUUUGGAAAGAGCUCAUUCAACACAAGAAUUGAAUCGUGGUGGGGUAUUUUGAGAAAGGAAUGUUGUCAGACAUGGAUGGAAGAGUUAAAGGAUUUACAAAAUCGGGGUCUUUUUACGGGUGACAAAUUGGACACUAAUCUGCUUCAGUUUUGUUUUAUGGCGUUACUUCAGACUGAGUUGGACGAAGUAGCACGUGUGUGGAAUACUCAUUAUAUGCAGUCUAAAAAAACGGCAGAGGGAAGUGUUCGAGGUCGUCCAUCGAAUGUUUAUCUUUUUCCAGAGCUCUUUCAAGUUCAAGAUCAUAUUCAUCCGAUUGACAAAGAAGUUCUUGAGCUUUGUAAACAUGAAUGCACCAUAGAACACGUGCUUCCAUGCGAUGAAGAAAUAUUUGAACUCGGUUGUAUUUUCAUGGAAGAAUAUGACUUAGAACCACCAUCAAACAUUUAUGAGGGAAAGGCCAUUUACAUUGAUUUUCGUUCCUGGAUCAUGAAUGUUAUGUAAAAACAACCAAAAGUCUUAUAAUCAGAAAACUAGUAACGCUAUUUUCAAAAUGUAUGC